GCAAACAAAAUUUUGGACCUAACUAUAAAAUCUGCCACGUAAAUCGGACUAAGGGGUUAGAUAGAUUAUGAUCAUGAGGACGCAGACUGUCAUUAAAUUAAAAAAGAAGAUCUAUAAACUUGAAACAUGAUAUUAAGAUGCAGACUGUCAUUUGAUUUAAUGCGUAUAGCUCUGAAAUUUCCUACAAUUCUAAGAGUCAGCUUGGCACCAAAUUGG